GCAUGCCUGUUCCGGGGUUCCGGCUGGUCGGGGAAAGCGGGAAAGGGCCCCGGCCUCAGACUGCAGGAUGCACCGAAAGGGCGAUUUAGGAGGUCAACAAGUCCAGUUCCAGAAGGGUCUUGCAAGGGCUGUUAAGACAGAGAGUCUGGCCAGUACAAUGGCCGACCCACAGGAUGUGCUGCAGGUGGCCGCCCGCUUUCCCCCCUGUCCCAGCUACACGCUCAAUCCCACACGAGAUCCAGCCUCUAGCGGUAAUCGAAGAGAUCAUUGGCCGUCUGUGAGCAUGAUCGCGUUCCACGACGCCGAAAUGGCCGUCUGCGAGGACAACCCCGGGGCGAAGGGCUUGGAGGAACCUGUCUUAUUUUUAGCGGAUUGUGGGAAAAAGAAAAGUAGACCCUCUUUUCCAGCAGUGGAUGUUUGUCUGGAGCUUCAGAAAUCUGCAGGCAGUUUGCAGCAGAAGAAGAAAGAAUUGGAGCGUGUCUGUGUUGGCAGCGGCCUUGUAGAACUGUGUGGUAUUGAGUGGUCACACGUAGUGGACAUGACAGUACGCGAGAAGCAGGAAGCGAAAAGCAGCUCCAACCGCACGACGCCCGAGACCCCCCCUUCUCUUGUUGACCAGUGGUCGGAAUCCAGCUCCAGCAGUCCCGAAGCAAUGUUACCUUAUCAACAACCAUGGGCUGUCGAGCCCGCCAUGAACUGCUCGUCCUUUCAGUCCCAAUCGCCGGUCGAGCCCUCACCAGACGGCCUGCCUCGUAUAGUGCCUUCCGUGGGCGGCCGUCUCCUUGAGUGGCCCGCGCCUCUGAUGGCGUCUAGCUACUCCUCGUCCAGGCAAUUGAAGCCCGAGAUGCGGCGGCUCCCUGCUGGCAAGCACCUGCCGGAUUGGGCGCACGCAAAGUCAUCAGAAGUAGCCUCGUUCUCCAUGUACAAGGCUUCACAUUCACUUCCCCCGCAUUCACACUCGUCAUCAUCCUCUACAGAUCCGGCCGCAGCCACAAUAUCUCCUACAUCGACAAGCAUGCCCUACCACUCGCUCCCAUUGAGCAUUGUGAGCCCACCUGGCAAGCUCGAAAUGAACCGUGACAGUGCACCGACAGCAAAUGCGGACGAGAAUGAGGACACCAACGCAGAUCCUCCAUAUUCGCAACUCAUCUACGAAGCUCUCUCAGCCGCGCCCGGGAAGAAAUUACCUCUUCAGGGUAUCUAUUUAUGGUUUGAAAAGAACACAGCCAAGGGGAAGGAUCGGAGCUCGAAGGGUUGGCAGAACAGCAUCCGACACAAUCUGUCCAUGAAUGCAGGCUUUGAAGCUGUUCGGGAAGAGUCUACGCCAGGGAAGAAGGCAGUAAACUAUUGGCGCCUGACGGAUGAGGCCGUAAGCAACGGCAUCCAAUCUACAACCCGGUAUAGAAAACAGGCGAAUUACAAAAAGCCAGUCACGUCGGAUCCGCCAGCUCCCCAACGCCAGCGUUCUGGGGCCAAGGGAGGGAAAGCCACGAAAAUCACGGCUAGGUUUCGAAGCAAUGGUCUCAGCAUGAAUAGUAUGAGCCAGGAGGAAUAUCGACGAGAUCGAGCCUGCCGCCAAAAUCUACAGCAGCCCCAGAGCCACAACCCGCGCGUGACACCCUCGCAGAGACAUCUACCAAAAAGCUUUAUUUACAGCCAGUAUCUUCCUCGUCCGUCACCCACGACAACAACGGCCGCAUAUGCACCGGGGGUGAUGGGAACAACAUCAUCCACGACACUCCCAAUGACAGCGACACGUUCUCCCGCCAUCGAGGGUUUCAAUUUAGGUAAUGUCGUUGGCUGUGCUGACGCCCCGCCCUGCACGUCCGCUACUCCCAUUUUCUGUGACAUGGCGGGGCCUGGUCCAGAUUGCCUCGUCUUCGACACCGGGUUUAUGGGGAUGGACGGCAUCCAUUCGUCCUUUGCGGGCUCAGAGAUCUCGACUACAGAUCUUCAUAUUGGGUUAUAA